UCGCUGAAUGAGAGCUAUAAUGAGUAUUGCCAGCCUUGACAUUGUUCACCUGAGAUUGCAUACUAGUAUAUAAGCCUUCAGGUCAGGGCACCUACGUAUAUUGCUACUGAAACCACCAGAAUGUUGAUACCCAAACUCGCCCUUAUUCUCGCUCUGGUGGCUUCUUGUGCCUUGGGAGGAGGUUUGUAUGGGCAUGGCAUCGGCUCCACCGUCGUAACCCACGAUGUCGGACACAUUGGCGGCGGAUACAUUGGCGGCGGACAUAUUGGCGGCGGACACAUUGGCGGCGGACAUAUUGGCGGCGGACACAUUGGCGGCGGACAUAUUGGCGGCGGACACAUUGGCGGCGGACUAAUUGGUGGUGGAAUCCUUAAAGGAGGACUUGGCAUUGGAGGAGGAAUCAUCGGCGGACAUGAUGCUCUUCUUGGACCCGCUGUAGUAACUCACAGCAAAGGACUAAUUGGCCCCACAGUUGUGACUCAUGGCAAAGGUAUUGGAGGAGGAAUCAUUGGAGGAGGAAUCCUCGGUGGACAUGAUGCUCUUCUUGGUCCCACAGUCGUGACUCAUGGCAAAGGCAUUGGAGGAGGAAUCAUUGGAGGCGGAAUCAUUGGUGGACAUGGUGGUCUUUAUGGUCCCACAGUUGUGACUCAUAGCAAAGGUAUUGGAGGAGGAAUCAUUGGAGGUGGACUCAUCGGCGGACAUGAUGGACUUCUUGGGUCCACCAUUGUGUCUCAUGGCAAAGGCAUUGGAGGAGGAAUCAUUGGAGGCGGAAUCAUUGGUGGACAUGGUUCUCUUUAUGGGCCCACAGUUGUGACUCAUAGCAAAGGUAUUGGAGGAGGAAUCAUUGGAGGUGGACUCAUCGGCGGACAUGAUGGACUUCUUGGCUCCACCGUUGUGACUCAUAGCAAAGGCAUUGGAGGAGGAAUCAUUGGAGGCGGAGUCAUUGGUGGACAUGAUGCUCUUCUUGGCCCCACUGUUGUGACUCACAGCAAAGGCAUUGGAGGAGGAAUCAUUGGAGGAGGUAUCAUCGGCGGACAUGAUGCACUUCUUGGAGGAGGGAGAUAUGGCGUACCCGUAGGACAUGCUGUCGUGGCUGAAACAGUUCAUGGAGGACAUCUUGGAGGAGGUGGUAUCAUUGAUGGUGGAAUUGGACAUUCAGGAAUCAUUGGCGGUCACUUGGGACCCGUCGUCCAGCCAGCUUACGGUGGCCAUAUCGGCACUUAUCCUGGAGAUGCAGGAUUACUCAGCUUCCUCGCAAGUGGUCAUGGCGUUCAUGGUCCAGCCAUCCUUGAGGAUCAUGGUGCAGCUAUCGUGGAAACGCAUGGUACAGGCAUCGUUGCAGAGCAUGGUACAGGCAUCAUCGAUGAUGGAAUCCAUGGUGGUGCCGUCCUUGGAGAUCAUAAAGUUAUUGAUGGUGGUGUACCCAUUAUCCCUAGUGAUCAGUAUGGUGCCCCGCAUCGCAAAUAAUUGUAAAUACCGACGGGUUCCAAUGUUCAGAAACUGGGCAUUGAACUGACGACAUUUUGUCAAUGUUAAGAUAAUGUAUUUAUUUUGUUGAUGUAAGUAACACAUUUUUAUAUGCGACAUAAA